AAAUACAAGUAUUAUUAUUUAUUACUGUAUCCUUUGAUUCUAUAAAGUUGGGAACUUGAUGCUUGCUUUGUUGUUUGUUCAAGUAACCCAACUUGUGUGAAUCUCUCUGUUUUUUUUCCUCAUUUUUAUUUAUUCCUUUAAAAAUUCUACAUUCACCCCAAUUCAAGCAAAAACAGCAUUUGAUACUCUUUGAAUUGAGUGUACUAUCUCUUCCCUUAUUUAUCUGAUUUAGGUUUAACAGUGAUGAGGUAAAUUCCCACCGAAGAAUUUGAUUCUUCUUUUGUACUCUCUCUUUCGAAAGCAACCACAAUCUUGGAGUAUCUCUAAUAGGGCUUGUCUCCAUUUCCUUAAUUCCCAAAAUUCUUGCUUCUCUGUCUCAAUUCCUCUGAUCUCUCAAGCUUUUACAUUUGAAAGGCCUAAUCUUUUUUUUGUUUUUGUUUUUUGGUUUCUGUCCCUCUUGAAGCUGAAGAGAUUGGUUUAUGAGAUAGUGACUUUGCUCUCUCACUCUCUUAAAAGCGAAUCUACUUUUCCUUUUUUUUUUUUUUUGCUUUCUUUUCCUUUUUAUUUCUCUUGUGAGCUGUAACUUAGCUAAAUCCAUUGCUUGUUACCACUUUAUGCUCUGAAAGUUCUCAGCUUUCUUUGUCUAUGAUAAGUCUAUUUGUUCUCUUUAAUUAUUUUCUUCGCUUGACUUGAGUAUGAAUAAGCAUUUAUCCUAGGCUUCUUUCUCUCUCUCCCCCUCUUUCCUAAAAGAACCUGUGACUUGCUUCUGCUACAUUAGAUUUGAUGCUCUGUUGAUUUGUUUUUCCUUUCUCUUUCCUCUUUCUCCACUGUAUAAAAUCUGCAAACUAGUUUACUUCAGCUGUUCCUUGUCUAAGUCUUGCAAAGUAGCAGGUUUUGAAAUUGGAAAACAUUUUUCUUUCGAGGGUGUUGUUGAAGCAGAGGAAUGGGUGGUGAGAGUAAUGAAGGAGAGAUGGGUUUUAAGCAUGGAGAUGAUGAGAGUGGUGGGAUCCCAAGAGUUGGAAUUACAUCAAUGCCCUUGUAUGCAAAGGCAGAUCCUUUCUUCUCUUCUGCAGAUUGGGAUCCAGUUGUCAAUGCUGCUGGUGGCUUCUCAAGCUCUCAUUACCAUCCUUCAAUGGCGAUGGAUAAUCCAGGGAUGAGUUGCUUCUCUCAUUACCAACCCGGUUCUGGUUCCGGUUUUGCAGCAGACAUGCCUGCUAGUCUUCUUCCGUAUGGUGAUUGUGGAGGUGGUCAAAUUGGUCAUUUUCUUGGUUCAGACAAGAAAGGGGAAAGAUUGAUCAGAGCUGGAGAAUCAUCUCAUGAGGAUCAUCAUCAGGUUUCAGAUGAUGCUGUUCUUGGUGCUUCCCCAAUUGGGAAAAGAAGGCUACCUGAAGCCGAAUCACAAUGGAACAAGAAAGCUGUGGAGGAAUUUCAAGAAGACCCUCAAAGGGGAAGUGACCAGAGCCAGAAGAAACACAAGAAUGAUCAGAGUAAAGAGACGGUGAACAAGGAGAGCUCACAAAGUGAAGAAGCACCGAAAGAAAACUACAUUCAUAUGAGGGCAAGAAGAGGCCAAGCCACUAAUAGUCACAGUCUUGCAGAGAGGGUUAGAAGAGAAAAGAUCAGUGAAAGGAUGAGAUUGCUUCAAGAACUUGUUCCUGGAUGCAACAAGAUCACCGGGAAAGCGGUUAUGCUCGAUGAAAUCAUCAACUAUGUUCAGUCAUUGCAACAGCAAGUUGAGUUUUUGUCUAUGAAACUUGCGACGGUGAAUCCAGAAAUCAACAUUGAUAUAGACAGGAUUCUUGCCAAAGAUCUUCUGCAAUCAAGAGACAGAAACACUCCUACACUCGGGCUGAAUCCUUUUAGCGGUUUUCAAGGGACCAUACCGAACCUUUCUACCACCACAAAUCCACAAUACAACCCAUUACCUCAGACAACACUAGAGAGUGAACUACAAAACCUUUACCAGAUGGGGUUCGUCUCAAAUCCAACGACUAUGUCCAGUUUCUCACCUAAUGGUCGAUUGAAACCUGAGCUCUAAUACUUAAAGGACACGGAAAAUUUGCAGGGAGUUUGUAUAGAAGAUGGCUUUGGUUCUAAGUAUCAUAUGCGUUCGUUCUUCCAUAUUAUUUUUUCUAAGCAGAAGGAUUUGGAUUCUCAGUUGUUGUUUUUGCUUUUCCCCAACGAAGAAUGCAUUUAUCAAAUAU